AUUCUUUAUUAUUCUAUCCUAGUGGCGGGUUUGGAGGAAAGGAGUCGCUCUGAGGCUUUAAAAGAAGAGAAGAGGAUUAACUCUCAUCAUCGGACCACAGCGAGCUCAGGGUGAAAAUGAAGAACUGGAGCAGCUCCUGCAGACGUCAUUUAAUCUCUCCCUGCACCUCUCAUCCUCAGCCUGGGGAUCCCAGCAGCUCCUCCUGCAGGAGGUUCAGAUCCACUAAAGGAGCCUCCAAAGCCCGGCGGGACCACAUCAACCAUGAGAUCAGGAACAUGCGCGCUCUGCUGCCCAUCAGCCGGGACGACCAGGAGAGGCUGAGCUACCUGCACUCCAUGGCCGCCAUCUGCACCUUCAUCAGGAAGUCCGUCCUCCUGCAGGGACUCUCUGCGGGAGCUGAGAGGUCUAACUGCUCUCUUCCGUACGAGGCCUUUCUUCCAGCGCUGCACGGCUUCGUCCUGGUCACCACGGCCCAGGGGAGGCUGGUCUAUGUGUCUGAAAAUGUGGCUGAAUAUCUGGGCUUCUCUAUGCUGGACGUGCUUCAGGGAGACACUUUCUAUGACAUGGUGGAGUGCUCAGAUGUGGAUGCGGUUAAAUUAAACCUGGACACUGAACAUAACUCAUCACCAGAGAGGAGUUUCGUGUGUCACAUGCAAACCUCCAGAGCCUUUAAGCUGCAGCACGGUGGCUGCUGCUCCAUGCUGGUCAGAGGAAGAUUCCGGGCUUUUCCUCACCCCUCCUCGGUGUGCCCCCCCUCCAGCAGCCAGCCCCUGUUUGUGGCCCUCUGCACCCCCACAGUGAACCGUCUGCAGGGGUCAGACUCGCGCUUCUGCCUCAGCUUCAGCAGCGUCCACAGAGCUGAUAUGAGCUUCACUCAGCUCUCAGACGGGGUUUCCUUCUUUUUAGGGCACUCAGCACAAGAGCUGAUUGGUCGAUCGUGGUAUGGUCUGGUCCAUCCUGAAGAUCUGGCCGUGUGUGCAGAAUCUCACCGAGGUUUGAUGCAUGCAGACGAAGGCUCCCAGGUAGAGAUGGUGCUCAGGCUGCAGGGAAAAGAUCUGUCAUGGACCUGGAUCUACAUACAAGCUAACAAAAUCUCUGAGAUUCAAGGCGUGAGCUGCACAAACUUCAUCAUCAGUCAAACAGAGGCCAGAUUUCUGCAGAGGAAGAUAAGCAGUGAAGCCUUCAAACCAUCAGCGCCCCGUCACUUUACAGCUCAACAAACGCCACAAACGCCGACUCAGAGUGAGAGCGGCGCUAAAUGCUUUAAAAGGCGGCGGACGUCUGACAGCCAAAGUGAGGAGCAAAGCGCCAAAGCAAGGAGGGAGUCGGACAGAGACGUUUACUUUGUGGCGUGCUCCUCCUCCCCAGGCGACAGCUCACCUGCUCUCUGCGGUGACAGCCUCGCUGUCUUCACGCCUCCCUACAGCCCCGCCUCCUCGUCCUGCUCCGCUCUGCAGCCCGACGAGCUCAGCCGUGACCUCCUGGUGGACGUGCACGGAUACACAGAUCAGUGCUCCUUCCCCGAGGCAGCACUCACCUGUCACCGCUCGCCCUCUGUCCCCACGCCUGAGCAAACCUUCGAGCAGGCAGACUUCGUCGCCUUCACUCCUCUCCCCUCCUCUUCAUCGCCGCAGUACGGUUUCCAAAGUCCUGCAUCAGAUGUGCGGUUAGUUCCAGACUCCCUGUCUCUGUCUGACAUGAGUGAGGGCUCAGUGGACUGUGCUCUGCAUCAAGAAGACUUCAGCCUCCUCCAGCAGCCAGCAGGGGGUGGCAUUGUUCCCUCUCAUCAUGUUCCUGAACCUCUAAACUCCAGUCUUCUCACCCCUGACCAGUCUCCGUCCUCCUCCGAGUGUGACUACAGCAACAGGGAGCAGGCCGAGAUCAGCAUACUCGCUCAGCAGAUCUCCUCUCUGGCGAGCAGCUUUGAUACGUACAACUCCCUGAACCCGCUCCAAAACCCGACCCCGCCUACUGCCCUGUGUGACUGGCCUCUUCACCCGCUCCUCCCUGCUCCUCUUCCUCUGAAGCAUGAGCAGAUCCUGGAUGACUGCAUGUUGGAGAGCAUCCUUAAAGACCUGGACAUGGUGACCAUGAACAGCAGCACGUCCAGCCUGGGUUUACCGUCCCACAGUCAUCAGCUGGAGGAGGAGCUGCUGCACCGUGGGACGUUCAUGGACCCCUUCAGUUUGCAGCUGGGACGCCAUGGCGAAUACACUGAGUUGCAUCAACUCAACCACUACAUGCAGAGAGUCCUUCAGCAAGAUGCCCUGGCUGAAGAAAACCUCUACUGACAUAAGUCUGUGACUUACUGCACCUCCUCCUGUAUGACAUAUUGUCAGAGAAGUCUACCUGUGCUGGAUUUAA